UAACGAUUAUGAUUGGAAGACCUCCUAGAUCUAGAAAUGAAAGAUAGCAAAACCCUUAAAUAACUGAAGAUUAAUUGAAAAUGGAUUUAUAGAUGUAAGCAGAAAAUAAAAAGAAAGAAUAAAGAAUGUAGUAACUUUAAGAGAAAGAAGAAAAUUUAAAAUAAUUAGAGUAUGCAGGAUAAGAUGUUGAGUCAUUUAGAAAUAAGGUGUAUGCAGAAUAUCAGGAUGUCAUUCCACAAUCAUCAAAAGCUGAACAAGAACGAGCUGCUCGAAUUAAAUUAAGAGAAGAAGAAAGAUUAAGAAGAAAGAAUGGUUUAGGAAGUGCUUAUGAAUAAGAAAAAGAAAGAUUGCCUGUCUAGUUAGAAUAAAAACUCUUACAAAAUUUGAAUCAAAUCAAUAAUAAUAAUUAAAAUGCAGAUUGGUUAGAUAAAUAAUAAGUUGUUUCAAAUUAAAAUUAACAUCAUUUAAAUUAUCAUUAAUAGCAAUAACCUAUUGUCAAUUAUUAUCCUGAUCAACUCAAUGGGGCAAGAUAAAUAUAGUAAUCUUAACUUAAUAAUUAAAUUAAAAAUGAUUCAUAUAAAUAACCAGAAAAACAAAAUUAUGAAUAACGUUACUAACCUCCAUAAAUGAAUAAUAAUAGUAAUUAUUAAAAAAACAAAAUUAAUGAUGCAGCAGAGUAAGAAAGAGAAAAAAAAAGAAAAUAUAAGGAAUAAUUGGACAUAUAAAUAAGUUAAAAGGGCUAAUAAAAUUAACCAUAAAUACAAAACUAAUAAUAAUCGUAAUAUUUCUAAUAACAGUAAAAAUAUAACUAGUAAUAAUAAUAGAACUAAUAAUAAUAAUAUUAAUAAUAACAAUAACAAUAAUAAUAUCAAUAAUAAUAAUAAUAAUAAUAAUAAUAAUAAUAUCAAUAAUAAUAAUAACAAUAACAAUAAUCAUAUAAACCACAUUCACAAUAAAGUUAAAGAUAACCUUAAGUUGAAGUAGAUUUCUUUUCAAAAUUUGGAUAGCCUUAAUCUUAGUAAGGUUGGAGAUAAUAAUAAUAAUAAUAGAAUUAAGAUAAUGUGGCAAUUCAAAGAAUGAAAUACAGAGAAGAACUUGAUCGUUAAAUAUUAGAAAAAAAGAAUAGAGAAAUGGACUAAUAAUAAAUAAAAAAUUAAUAAGACAUUGGUAGAAGACCAGUUAGUAAUCCAACAAAUGUUUUUGAUUAUCCUUAAGAGUCUGAUUAUAGAAAUAAUCAACCUCCUUAAUCUCCUAAUUAUUAUUAACCACCACAAUCUGCACCAACUGAUGACUAAUCAAAAGGUAGAUUUCUUUAAAGAAGAUUUACUAGUGGUUAACCAGAAGAUCCAUAAAAAUAAGCCUAAAAAGAGUAAUAUGCAGAAGAAUUAAAAAGAUAAAUGGAGGAAAAAAAAAGAAAGAAAAAAUAAGAGGAAGAGGAAAAUAGAAGAAGGGAUGAAUUAGAAUAACAAUAAUUUUAGUAAUAGUUAUUAUUAGAGAAAAAGAGAUAGGAGGAAUAAACAAAAUAAAAAUAUGCUGUAUAAAUUGAUCAGCCUGCUUAAAAUAUUUAACCAAAAGAGAUAGGAAAAAGAAACAAAUAAAAAUAAAAUAUGUAAAAUGAGCUACCUUAAUAAGAUAUAAUUAAGAAAUCGGCUUUAUAAAUACUUUCUCCAGAAAGUGAUUUACAAAGAGAAUAAUUAUCAUCUAUGUAAGAUCAAAGACAUUAAUAGCCAUAAUAAUAAUAUUUACAGCAAUAACAAUAGCAAUAGUAAUAGUAAUAGUAAUAGCAUCAGUAUUAAUAAUAUUCUCAACCAUAAUAGCCUAUUCAACAAACACCAUAUUAAUAAAAUUAAUAUCAUCCACCUAUGUCUCCAUUAUAAAAUGUUUAUAAUCAAUUUCAUUUAUAAGAUAAUUUAUAAUAAUAUUAGCAAGUGCUUUUUAAUGAUCAAAAUACUCAACAUCCUUAAACUAUUAUGGUUCAUUAAUAAUAUUUGAUGCAACUUUAAUAAAAUAGAUAAGAAAUUGAUUUAGUUAGAUAAAUAUUAGAAGAAAAAUUGAGAUUAUAAUAAAUAGAAAUGUAGAACUAAUUAUUAAUAGAUUAAUAUUAAAGGAAGGUCAUGGAUAUUUAAAGAGAGUAAAAAUUAUUUGAGUAAGAAAUAAUCAAAUUGUAAGACUUUAUUUAAGGUAAAUAAAAACGCCCCUUAGAUCCAACAGUUUUUGCAUCUAGUGUAUUUUUUAAUGCUUUAGGGAAAAAAGAUAAUUAGAAUUUAUCACCUCAUUAAUAAUAGAUAGCUAACAUUUAACCAUUAAAAAUAUCUCCAUUUUAAUCACCAACAGCUAACUCAUAAGCUCAUUAAUUUUAAAAAUAAAUUAAAUAAUCAGAUGUGUCAUCUUAAUAUUCUCAUUAAUAUUAAGAAGCAAAUUAAUUAAUUCUUGAAAAACAUUAAUAACCAUAUUAAUAAUAAUAAUACUAAUAAUAAUAAUAAUAAUAAUAAUAAUAAUAAUAAUAAUAAUAAUAAUAAUAAUAAUAAUAAUAAUAAUAAUAAUAAUAGUAAUAAUAAUAGUAAUAAUAAUAAUAAUAGUAAUAAUAGUUAUAAAUUUAUAAACCUAAGGGUAUAACAGAAUCAAUGAUUGAUAAUGAUGUCGAAUUACCAGGAGAAUCUGAAUAUGUAAAUUAUACUGAAGAAUAAUUAGGAAAAAGUUUUAUGCCAGAACUAAGGGAAUUAAAAUAAAAGACUUAAUAAUCUUAAAAUUUUAAAUAAACAGAAAAUGUAAAAACAUAAUAAUCUUAAUAAUUUAAGACACUUUAAUCUUAAAAUUUUUCAAAUAAUGACUCUUAAUUAAAUUAAUAAUAAAAAUCAUCUAUCACUGAUGAAAGUUGUGAAUUGCCAACAAAUGCAGUUUAGAAAUCUAUUCCUCCUUAGUUAAGUAGAAUUUAAGCAAGUCAGAAUGGAUAAGAUAAUUUUGAAGAUGAAGCGAUGGAGGAAUCAAAUAAGAAUUCAGAUGAAGAGGUUUAUGAAUAAAAGGAUUUUGAAAGUGAAGAAGAGGAAGCAAAUGAAUAAGGAGAUGAUAAUCCAUUUGAUUAAUAAGAUUAGUAAAAUGAUGAAGAUGAAAAUUCAGAUAAGGAAUAAUAUGAUAUUGAAAUACCAAAUCCAUAAAAUUAUGAUUUAAAUAUGUUAAAGACAUAAGAAUAUUAUGCUAUGUUUGUUGAGAAUAUAAAACCUUAAUCAAGAUAGUAAGAAUUAAAAUUUCCAACAAAAUUACUUUAAUAAAAUACUUUAAAAUUAAAUAAUGAUACUAUAUAAUAAUCUAGUAUGUGUGAUCAAAGUGAGAUAGUUGAAAGUUAAUUAAAAUGUUAAAAUGAUAAAUAAGGAGAUGUUGAAGAAGUUCAAAUGAGUCAUGCUUAAUUUUCAGUAUAUUAAUAAUCUAUGGCAAUACCAGAAGAUGAAGAACCUUCAUAACCAUCUAUAUCAUAAAAAACAUUAAAAAAUUCAAGUAGAAAAUAUUAAAAACCUAAAACAGUUGAUAUUUUUAAGAAUGAGUAACCAAGAAAUUCAAAUCCAUAAUCUUAAAAUUAAAUUCCUUUAAUAUAAGAAUAAUCAAGAUUUACAAAUCAAUAAAUUCCAGAUUAAUCUAGAUGUACAAAUUUAUAGAUGCCAGAUUAAUCACGUUGUACUAAUUAAAAUCCUAUAGCUUCUCAAACCUUUCUAUAUUAACCAAGAGUUGAAUUAGUAAAAUCAAGAUUAGAAAAUCUAUUUUAAAAUACAAACGAAUUAAUGGCAGAUCUACCAAAAGUAAAAGUAGAAAAGAUUGUAGCUAUUGAUGAUGAUGAAAUAAAAUCUUAUAAAGUAGAAGAGAAUUCUUAAUGGUAACAAUAAUUAGAUGUAUUUGCCUACGAACAAAGCCAUAGUUGA